AUGUUUAGAAAUGGAACAGAGCUUAAAAAUAUAGAGCAAUUUUUCUCAGAUUCUCAACAAACAGGGGAUGAGUUUGCUGUUGAAAUUGUUAAUAGCGAUCAAAAUAAACAAAAAUUCGCAAUUUCAUUUCUUCCAGAAGAUUUUGAUCAAAAAGUUGAAUAUCUUACAAACAUGGGAUAUACAGAUUCUGAUGUAAAGCUUGCCUUAAUCCAAGAGGAUCUUGAUACAGAAAAAGCAAUAAUUAAGCUCAAAAACUCUAAUCCAAAGGCCAAGGUACAAAAAACUAAGCAAACACAAGAAAAUAAUAUUGAUCCUGAUAAUUUUAUUAAACAAUCUUCACCAAAAAAGGAUAAAUCCAUCGAAAAUCAAAGCAAAACCAAAGAGAACAACAAGGAUAAUAAUGACUCGAGCGCAAAGAAUGAUAAAGUCAAUGAUACAAAUAAAUUGGAAAAAGAAAAUUCUUCAAAUCAAAAAUCAACCGAAGAAAUAGAAAACAAAGCUUCCGAAACCAAAGGAAAUAAUUCGUCCGAUGAUAAUACAGCUGAUUUAGAGCCAAAACUCCUUUCAAUUUCUCAAGAUGAAAAUAAUGAAAAUUCUGAGCCAAAAACGAGAAGAAAGUCUUCCAAAUCAACACAGAAUAAGACAAAAUCAAAGAAAACGCAGAAAGAAAAGGAAUCAAAUUCUGAAUCAAAAUCUGACUCAGAAAAAGAAGAAAAGAGCGAUAAAACAGAUGAUGAAGAUCCAGUUCUUUUAGAAACCAUCGAAGAAAAGCUAAAGAAAAAAUCUGUCAAAAAACCAAAGAAAAAACUUCCGAAAGACGAUGACGAAUUCAAUCCCGACCAAACCGUUGCUCCUGGUGAACGAGUUGGCCGACUUCCGGAAAAUUUGGAAAUUAAAAAGGCAAAAGAAGAGAAAGCGCUUAACGAACGUAUCCAGAAGUAUAAUGAGAGAUUGGAGAAGCACCAGAAGCUCUUGGAACAAAAAGAUUUCGAGUCGAAACAUAAAAUUAGAACAUGGCUCAAACAAUCCUUACAAUUCAGAGACCAGAGAGCAGAUUCUUCAAAAUGGAAGGUAAGUGUUAUAUCUGACUCAUCAGAUUCCGAUGAAUCUAAAGAAAGUGAAGUCGAAAAAUCAGAUUCUGAUUAUUCUUCGUCUUCUUCAUCGGAUUCCGAUGAUCUUGUUGUUGAAACAAACGAAGAUGCCUCAACGCCGAAGCCAACAACCAAAAUGUUGAAUUUAAUUACAGAAUAUAACUCAUUUAUUAAUAAUGAGACAUUUUUGAAUGCGGAAUCCCUCAUCAAAUCAUUUAUUUACAGACACCAUAACUGGGAGAAGAUUCUCAUUGACAUGCAACCAUUUAAACUUGGUUAUUUGCAAUAUGUAAUUUAUUGGAUCCUCAAAGAGAUAGUUCUAGGUGACGAUGUGUUUUCUGCCAUAGAGAAUCGCAUUAUUAUCGAGCAAUCAGCCCUCGGAAACUCUGCUGAAGAAAUAUCAAAUAUUCUUUACUUAAGAACAAGCGAAAUCGUUAAAACCCAGAUGGAGAACAUCGAAAGGGCCUUCAGAAUUAACGAUCCUAUCCUCAUUCAGCUCAUGCCUUACUUAAAUACGUCGCAUUUGUACAAACCAGGCUUUAAUUCGAAAGGAAUCCCCUAUUACCUGGUUUUCCUGAUUGCAAAGUUUAACAGGCUUGACUCCGAAUUCGUUUUAAUUUCCGGAGAUCUUCCAUCAGAUAAAGAAUCUUCAAGAUUGGGAUCAAAGGAAUGGACAAGAUCGGAUGAUAUUAAAUUAUUGACCUUGUACGAUAAGCUUUAUAAAGAAAAGAACGUUUGGGAGCAGUUAAUGAAUUAUUUUCCAAACAGAAUAUUAACUUCCAUGAGGACACAUUUCUACUACUUGUCCAAAUCAAUUGCCAGAGGUAAAGUACCUUUCGGAUAUGAUCCAGGAGACGGAGUUAUGGAAAUUGUCAAACUUGAACUGAAAGGUGACCCGGAUGUCUACAAUAAAUGGAAUUCCAGUACCGGAGUAAGGAGAUACUUCAAUCCGCAAGAAGAUCAACAGAUUCUGGACUUUUGGCAGAAAAAUCAUCUCAAAUAUAAUUUUUACGAUUUGUAUUUUGAGAAGUUUAGUAGUACAAAACCGAAAGAUCUCCUUGAUAGAUUGCAUAUUCUUUACAGACAGUUCAACACUGGCAUAAGAAAAAGGAACGAAUUGAAACUUCCUCCGGAUUUCGUCCAAUUGAUCGACCAAGAGUACAGUAGAUAUGGUAUAUUCGAGUUCCAGCCCCCUCCGAACAUGGUAGAUGUAAGUAUUCUCGUUAAAGAUUUCAAUGAAAACGGAUCUGAUUUCGAAGUUUUGCACAAAAUGCACAAAGAUAUCCACGAAGCGUACAUGGUAUACUUAUUCUACUACAUGAUGAAUAAAGUAGACCCACAUUCGAUGAAUUUAAUCAACUGGGAAAAUACUGAUAUUUGGUAUAUGCUCGAAAUGAAGCUUUUAGGAGUUCCAACUGAAGCAAUCGAAGAGUCCAUUGGAAGGACAGGAAAAGUAAUCAACUCAAAGCACUUGAAAUCCGUAUCUUCCCUCAAAACAAAUUUUGUCAUCAAAGAAUUCCAAAAACUGUAUCCAUCAUGCAACACAGAAGGAGCUACAUACAAUGAGGAAGGCAUCCCGUCAUAUCUAAACGACAUGUUGACCCAAAUGUUCAACACUUUGAAGGCAGAUAAGAAAUUGAAGACACAUUUGAGAGAUCCAACACGAGAUCCGGAAGAAAUCAAGCAAAUGGAGAAAUGGACACCAGAAGAAGACCAGAAACUGCUCGACGCCCUUUCCAAAUAUAAAGAUUCCAAAUUAAAGGCAGGUUUGAUGGCCAAAGAGUUUCCAAAUCGCACAAAGUUCACAUUGCAAACACGUCCGAACAAGCUUCUCUUCCAAAUUGCUAAUGGAGAAAGGCCAGAUCUGGUUUGUCCAGAAAACUUGAAGCCAAUGAUGGACCAGCUCUCCCACAAGAAUGAUGAAGUCGAAAUCUUCAAUAAUCUUAAGCCCGUUCCUUAUUGCAUCAACGUUUACGAAUUGAUGGACGAUUAUUACAACAAAUUCAAAGAUUUUUACAAGAUGCAAGAAGAGAAAUAUCCUAAAUUCUCUAUUGGAUACCUCAUUUACAUCUUAAGCCUUGUUACACGAGGAAUUGACCUCAGAACUACAUCAUCAUGCACAGAAGAAUGGUCUGAGAACCAAUACAGACUAUUCCUUGAAAAGAAAUAUGAUGGAGUGUCUGGAAACAUCAUUGCAAAACUUCUGAAUAUUUAUUCCAGAAAAUUGGGCCAAAAACAACAGUUAGUUCUCAGAAAAAUAGAAAAAUGCUACUGCCUUAAUGAGUUCAUGAAAUUUAUCAAAGAUCUACCAAUUCCAGAAGAUAAGAAGAAAUUAAACGAAAUUGGAGUUCCUAUUUACAUUAAGGAGUUUAUCGACAAGUUCAACGCUUCAGGAAAUAAUAAACCAAGAAAGCGUUCUAGAGCAAAGUCUCAAACCAUAGAAUCAGACGAAUCUAACUAA